AUGGCCACCCAGAGCUCCCCUGGUGGCUUCCUCCUUCUGGGUUUCUCUGAACACCAAGGACUUGAAAGAAUCCUCUUCACGGUUGUCCUCCCUUCCUACCUUCUGACUCAGGUGGGCAACACCCUCACCAUUCUGCUGUCCAUGCAGGACCCCAAGCUCCACUCCCCAAUGUACUUUUUCCUCUCUGACCUGUCCUUCUUGGACCUCCGCUUCACCAUGAGCUCCAUCCUCCAGAUGCUGGUCAACCUCUGGGGCCCAAAACCCAUCAGCUUCCUUGGCUGCUCUGUUCAGCUCUUCAUCUUUCUGUUCCUGGGGACCACUGAGUGCACCCUCCUGACAGUGAUGGCCUCCGACUGCUAUGUGGCCACCCGCCAGCACCCCCACUACACCACCACCAUCCAGCCCUGCCGGUGCCAGCAGCUGGCAUCCGUGGCCGGGGUCAUCGGGCUGCUGGAGUCAGUAGUCCAGACACCACCCCCUCUCCGCCUGCCCCUCUGUCCCCAUCGGCAGAUGGAUGACUUCGUGUGUGAGGUCCCAGCUCUAAUCACAUUGUCCUGUGGGAACACCACCUACAAUGAGACCCAGAGGGCUGUGGCCAGCAUCCUCAUCCUGGUGGUGCCCCUCAGCCUCAUCCUUGUCUCUUACUAUGCCAUUGCCCGAGCAGUGCUGAGGAUUAACUCCGCGAAAGAGUGGAGGAAGAUGUUUGGGACCUUCUCCUCCCAUCUCACAGCGGUCACCCUCUGGUACAGCUCAGUCAUUGCUGUCUACCUCCAGCCCCAGAGUUCCUAUGCUCGCAGACGGGGCAAGUUCUUUGGUCUUUUCUAUGCCGUGGGCACUCCAGCACUUACCUCUCACCUGAGGAACAAGGAAGUCAAGAGAGCCUUCAGGAGGUUGCUGGGGAAGGACAGGGACACAAGGCAGAGCUCAGUGCUGGUCCAUGAGCUUCCCAGUCCAGAGGAGGUCCUCAUGCCGUUGGCAGGAAGCCUGGGCUCCCCACGCCCAUGCCCUCCCCCACGGUGCCACGCUAGUGGAUGA